CAGCCAAAUUUGACGUGUCAUCCGACGUUUUGCAUCUCAUCUCCCCCGUUCACAGCACAGCCCAGGUGCACCUGCCACCUGCACAGUUUCGUCAACAGAGCCGGCCUCCCGUCGCUGCUCCCAACCGCUGACUCCCACUCGCCGCGAUCCGAUCGCCACCUGCCCUCCCCUCCCAGAUCCGCCGCCGCGGAAACCUCACCGGCGCCGGCGACGCGAGGGCACCAUGCCGGGCCUCCUCGAGUAUUCCGCGGGCGGCCUGGGCCUCCUGGCGCUCGCGGCGCUCGAGUCCCUCCCGCUCCGCCCCCUCCUCCUCCCCGCCGCCGCGGCGUCGCACCUCCCGCGCCGCCUCGGCCUCGCCACGCCGCUGCACCUCCGCCACCUCCUCGCGGGGAUCGUCUCCGCGCUCUUCCUCCUCUCCGCGCUCUUCUCCGCGCGACACCACCUCUCCCUCCCGACGCUCGCCGCCACCGCGCUGUUCCUCCUCUACGCGCUGGCCCCCCUCGCCCCGCUCCGCGCGCCGCUCCCGCUCCCCUUGCUCGACCUCGUCCUCGCCGCCGCGUUCGCGCAGGAGCUCCUGCUCUUCGCCCACCGCAGGCCCUCCACCGCCGCCGGGAUCGAGAACCGGUACUUCGACCUCUUCCUCGUCCCCGUCGCCGUCUGCCUCGUCGCCACGCUACUCGCCGCGCACGACCCCGAGGCCGUGCCGCCCCGCCUCGCGCGCGCCGCGGGGCUGGCGCUGCAGGGCACAUGGAUGGUCCAGAUGGGGUUCUCCUUCUUCACCAGCGCCGUCGCCCAGGGGUGCGCGCUCCACGCCCAGAGCCGCGUCGACUACACCAUCAAGUGCCGCACCCACGACGACUACCACCGCGCGCGCUCCGCGGCCACGCUGCAGUUCAACGGCCACCUCGCGCUGCUCGUGCUCGCCGGCGCGGCGGCGUACGGCGCCGCCGUCUCAAGAAGAAACCAGCCGCCGAGCGGGUACAGGAUGCUGAGCAAGGAGGUGCAGAUGGAAGGGAUGCCGCUGCAUUCGCAGUUCACAUUGGAUUCAGACGAAGAGAAGGAAGAUGAAAGGAUCACCAAUUCGGCAAUGCCGGUGGCGAAUGGAUCGGGGUCGCAUCACGAGAUCACGGUGCAAACCUCUGAUUCCAAGUGAUGAGACUGUGAAUUAUGCGGCGAUUUUUCGGUGUACAAUAGCUCAGCCAAGGAGGAUAUCUGCCAAGCUAGCUGCAGGGUGUGUUUUCAGUAUGAUGUUCAGUUUUGAUGCUUUAUUACUUCAGAAUUCACCAUAUAUGUGCAGAGAAUCAGAUCUUGCUCAGUUUGAUCUGCAUACAUCAAAUUUAACUUGUGCAUUAGAUUUAGCUACUGUACAAUAUUGUAAUGUUGUGAUUUCAGAUAGCACUUUCGGAAAUAAAAUUGACAGGACUUUGUAUUUGAAUAACCAA